AUGCAGGUACCGGUACCUACCGGCGAGCGCAGGAACCAGUGGGCACUCCCACCCCCGGGAGCUGGCUCCGUUCCCGCUGGAGGUUGGUCACGCCCCCUGGCUCCUGGUCGCUGCGACAGCCAAGGGCGAGGCCCGAGCAGGCGGGCUGCAGGCGGCGGAAGCUCGGCCGCGCUCCUCCCCCGGUGGGGCGCUCUCCGCCCGCCUCGCGCGGCCCCGACCCCAAGACCCAGGCCCCGGAAGGCCAGCGUUCACUUACCUGCUCCCCUCUCUCGCUCUCCGCUGCCGCCGCCGCGCCGCUCACCCACGCUGGCCGGUGAGCCACCCCCAGCACACAGACCCCUACGCGUAAACCCGAGGCACGGCCCCAGACCCUUGAUGGGAGACCGCGGCCCAGCCACACAGGUUGGGGUAGCCCACGCACCACCCGGCUUCGAACACCUCUGCCCCCGGAAGUUGAUUUCCGCCAAGGCCCGCCCAACCCAGCCCCCGUCACUCAACGUAAACACGCGCGUCACGUGGCCCCAGGCCGAGGACCGGGUCGGGGCCCCGUGUUCAGAGCUCUGCCACCCCAGCUUGUGCGUGGUCUUUGGAGAGUUGCCCUGUGAAAAGGGGUGACUUUGCCAUGCUCCUUCCCAUUCUACCUCCUGUUAGUUACAGUUUCUCAUUCCUCUUGAGUAGCAGGCCCUGUUUCUCCACCUAAUCCCUGCAAAUAAACCGUCCCCCAAAUCAAAAUGAGUUCCAUCUGGAACUUUGUAGGAUUGGUCCUAAGAAGAUCCCGCCGAAUCUCUUCACCACUUCCAAGCAGAGUACAGUAAAACCGGGGACUAAGCAAAGUGGCUGACAUGUAGUAAGUGCUCAAGAAAUGGAUGUUGACUAGAUGCUACCUCUCAUCUUUGCCUAUCUGAACUCUCAAGCACCGGUUGCAAGUAGGCUGAGAGCCUCCGCCAACCAGGAAGAUGACUUCGGUCAAAGAAUUCUGCUCUAGAGUUACUUUUGUUCUUGUCUUCAACUCCAGAUCACAGCAAUUCAUACGUGCCAUCUCUGUUGCAGAGUUUUCUUGCAAAGCGUUUCUUAAAAGCUUUCUGUCAAAUAACUUGUCCUGUAGCAAUAGGAAAAGAAUAGCGUAAUUCACAGAUUAUUUAUUUGAAAGGAAGGAAUGAUUAUAUAGAUGUCUUUGUCCAUUUCAGACUGUCAAUAGCGAUGAGAGAAACAGUCAACUAGCAGUCCACUCGUGAAUGUUUCUUCCGUUUUUGCCAUGGGAGGAUUCUGAAGAACAUUCAUUCAACAAUUUUUUAUUGAUUGUAUACCACAUACCUAGGCCUGGGCCAAGUUUUGACAAUUCAAGAGUGAACAAGGUAACACUCAAGAUAUUUGUCUUCAAGGAGCUUACAGUCUAGUGAGAAAGAAAGACACUAACCUGGGGACUUUGAGCAUAAAUCUCUGAAAUAUUCACAUUCUGUGUAUAACAAGUAUUCUUUCAUCCUUGGACACUGGUUUUCUCAUCUGUUGAACAAAAUUGGCUUAAACCUGUAAUCUCUGUUCUGUACUGGAAGCAGAAAAUAUUAGCAAGGCAUCCUGACAAGUGUGCCGUAAGUGCUGGCCUAAGUAGUUAAUGAGCAGUUUCAGUAUUGAGCAAGUCAUCUUGACUACAUUAUUUUUCCAGCCCACCCCCUUCUUUGUGCAUACAAAAAACAUUUCUAUUGUAAGAAAUAUAAUGCUUUCUUACACAUAUUUGUUUAUCUGUCUACUAGACUACCAAGUCAAGGACCACUUCUCACUUGUAUAUCCAGCAAUCUACUCACUUCUCAUUUGUCUUUGUAUAUCCGGCAGUCUAGCAAAGUGUCUAGUAGUUAGAAAAAAGGUAUUCAUAAAUAUUUCUUAAACUUAGUAAAGUUACCUUUAUAUUAUUUUGUCUCUCAUAUCUCUUUCUGCUGGAAAUCAGAUAAGUUUCUGGGAGUUCCUUCCCACUGAGGUACUUACGUGUUCACUCUGUCCCGAUAUUCAGUACUAAACUGUAUUCCAUACUAAACAGAUUUAUAAUAAGAAUAAAUAUUUAUUAUUAAUAUUUACUAUGUGCCUGGCAUUAGAUUAAAUAUUUUAAAUCCCAUAUAUAACUUACCACAAUAAUUUUACAAAGUAGGUAUAUUAAUGUAUUUACACUUUAGAUGAGGUUACAGAUUUAGGAAGUGUAAAUUGACCAAGUGGAUUUAAAGCCAGAUCUGCCCCACAGAAGGACUUGUUUAUUCACUAUAGCACAUCACUUUGCUUUUUAUAUCACUUAUUUAUCAGUGAAUUCAAAUCCUACCAACUCCAUGAAAUCUUUCUUCCUUCCCCACAGUAAUCUCUUUUUCUUUAUAAAGUAAACAAUUCAGUGAUUUUAGUGUAUUCACAGAGUUGUGCAUGCUUUACCACAAUCAAUUUUAGAUUAUUUUCACAGCCCCAAAAAGAAACCCCAUAUGCUUUGGCCCCAACUUCUCCCUCCCCUCCCUAGCCCUAGGCAACCAGUAAUCCACUUUCGGUCUGUAUACAUUUGUCUAUCCUGAACAUUUCAUAUAAAUGGAAUCAUGCAAUGUG